AUGGCUCCUCAGGCGAGCAACACUGGCGGAGCGGCAGGUGACGAUGAUGGCUAUCGCCUUCCCAGCACUGUGUACAAGGCUCCUUCUCGCGAUGCUUCUCAGCAGAACCUCGUCGCUUCUGAGGGAGAAAACGCCACUGCUCAGCAGGGCGGCCCUGUUCAGCCCAUCAAUGGAGCUGCUACUGUCAAUGCCGGAGCAAAUGCCAAUGGCACCUCCGUUUCCAACAACCAGAUGAAUUCCAACAACAUCAACAACGCCAAUAAUGUGGCCAACAACAAUGUCCGCGGCGCUGGAUCUGUCAACCAGCGAUCCGUCUCUGCUCCUCAGACUGCCAUCGACAGCAACGGGAACGUUUACGUUUGGACCGGAAGUAACCAGUCCAGUCGUUCCGUCAGCAAUGGCCCUUGGACUGAGGGAUUCCAUCAAGUUAUGAAUCAGCGUCAGCAGCAAGAUGGCCGUGGCAGCAUCCCGGCUCCCAUUGGAACUUGCCGACCCGGCGCCAGCAUUACUGGCAAUGCUUCUUCUGCCUUCGUCAAGGGUGCUACCGUUCAGAAUGGCGCUGCUUCCGCGCCCCUUCCCAACAUUAACACCCCAACUACCGCCUCGUCCAAUGCUAAGACCGUCGCGGAAAGCGUCGAGAGCGCUGUGGAGCAGCAGCUUGCCUCUGCCUUGGCUCCUCUUCGUUUCAUUGCCAACAACCUCAGUCAGACUCUCCGGGCCACCAACCAGGAGAACUCGGACUUUCAUGAGCAGAACAACACUCUCAGCCGCCAGCUGGAUCUUCAGUACCGCCAGAUCGAGCAGCACUCUGAGAAUGCCAAUGCUCAGAUCCGUGCUCUGCUCAACCUCAUUGAAAGUCAGACCAGCAAUAUCCAGGGCAUUGCCCAGAACAAUGACAAUGGCCACGCACAUGGCCAGUGCGCUUCUGCCGAGACUGUCAGUGGUCUCAUGAACCAGAUGACUCAGAUGGUUACCGCUAUUCCCGGAUACAUUGUCAAUGUCAUGGAACAUUCAACUCAAAAUGCCACACUUCCUGCUCUCUAUCAUGCUAUUCGGCAGGCUGUUCAGACCACCGUUCAGCAUGCAGUGCAAGAUGCCAUUCAGAAUCACGUUCAGCAUACUGUGCAGACCAUGGUGCAAAGCACCAUCCAGGCUACCAUCCAGGAGGCCAUGCAAAUUUCUCAUGAUUCACUUCUGCGCGCAGUCCAAGAUGCUGCCCAGAACAAUCUCCAGGGGGCUCAGGCUUCCAUGCGUGAAGCAACAAACACCCAAACUCGCAACGCUCUCGAGGUCGUUGUCGGCACCCAGCGAGAGGCAUUUGACAACGUCCUCCGCUUCCAUAUCCAGCGCUCUGUCGAGUUUGGAUCAGAGCAGACGCAGGUUGGAACUCCCGACAGUUCCAACGCCCAGACCUUUGGCCUUGACGACAUGGCCGACGCUGCUACGGUCGUGGAGGGGACAGAGCUCCCCCACGAGGAGAAGCCGGCCAAGAAGCGCGGCGACAAAAUUAAGGCCUUCUUCAAGAAGGUAUUCAAGUUUGGGGGCAAGUAA